AAAACUUGCAAUCCAUUAUCACAGAAAUAUGAAACCAAAUACUCCCUACAAAUAGGCUCUCGAUGCUACCCCUUUCUCCACAACUCAAUCUAUCAACUUCAUAUUAUCUGCAUUGACAUCAAGAUGGUCUCUCCCCAGUCCAAUGACUUCAACUUCCCAUACUUCCCUCCACCACCCCACACUUUCCAACCACCACCUCCCCAUCCUUUUCACCCACCACCUCCGGCCGCAAAGCCGCCCAGACCCUCAAAAUCACCGCCACCGCCAACCCCAUCUCACCAUUUUCCUCCACCUCCGGCCGCAAAGCCACCCAGUCCCUCAAAAUCACCACCACCGCCAACCCCAUCUCACCAUUUUCCUCCACCUCCUCCCCAUGUGCGCCCUCCGCCGCCUCAUGUACUCCCUCCGCCGCCUGCACCAUCACCGAACAACAAUCCCACAGUAAUAGUCAUUGUGUUCAUAUCAUUCGGAGGUCUUUUCUUCCUUGCAUUCCUUGCAGCUGCUGUCUUCUGCUUCAUUAAGAGGAGAAAGAAGAAGGAAGUUCAAGAAACCGAUAUGAUUCACUUCGACGAACACAGGAAGGUGAACGAGAUAAUCGUACCAGGGCCCCAUGGACCUCAGGCUGUGAUAUUGUCAGUUGAGGAUGAUGUGCAUAUUGAUGAAGUGAUUAGGAAGGAUGAGAAGUUUGGUGAAGGCUUGCAUGCCAAUUCUGCAGAGGGCAAACCUGGCACAUCUUCUUCAGGUUUUGAUCAUCACCACCUUGAACACAAGGCUUGAUCACAAGUCAUGAUCAAAUAUUACUUGGACAAUAUCCCUCAUCAUUCUAAGGAUUGCAAAUAAUUAUGUAAAAAGCUCGUGAUUAUUCAUUUUUUUUCUUCUUGCUUUUAAUAAUAAAAGUUGCAGCCCUGCAGCAAUUGAAAAAGUAAGACUAGCAACUAAACAGUCUUACAUCUGUAUAAAUAAUGAUAUAGUAAAA